AUGAAGAACCAAGAACUUGCCUCAGCUUUCCGAAGUCAUCUACCAGAUUUAACAUCGCCACGAUUCACGACUUCGGCGAAGCAGAGUCCGUAUGAGUACACGGAAGCUUUUCAGCAGAAUCGUGCUCCACCUUGGCUUUACAACUUGACCGAAACAUGGAAAGAACUGCUCAAAGAGCCUUUCAAAGGCGUGACGGUUGAUGGCAGCGUCCGUGACGGCCUGUUCAAGACUGACGAUCAAGAGGUGCCUGUCGGAAAGAUUUGCGAGGCCGCGAACAAUGUCCUCUCCAAGCUCACGCUCCAGCAGAAGACGAAAGUUCAGAAUCCGAUGAAUUCUGAGAAAUGGCGGUGCUGGUCAAACCCGGAAUUUCUCUUGCGGCCAUUCGGACUUCGAUUGGAGGAGCUCCCAGAAGAGAUCAUUCAGACCAUCCUCGGGGUCCUGCAGGCCACAUUCUCCGUCGAGGGAUAUCAGAAGGCAGUUUCGGCGAUGCGCAUCAAUCAUUUCCUAGGAGAAGUCUGUGAGGUUCCGAGGAUUCUGAAUCAGUACUCGUACAACUUUCUGAUUUUCGGUGAGCCGUCACCCACCAAAGCAUGGGGCUGGUCGAUGUAUGGCCACCAUCUCUGCUUGAGUGUAUUCCUGCAAGGGAGUCAGAUCGUAAUAUCGCCGACUUUCACCGGAGCCGAACCGAACAUCAUCGACAAAGGACCCUGGGCCGGCACUGCUAUCCUCCACAAAGAAGGUGACCUGGGCCUCAAGUUGAUGCAGUCGCUCCCCAAGGACGCCCAGAACUCCGCUCAAAUCUUUGAGAAGAUGAAGGAUCCGGGAAUGUUACAAAGCGGCGACUUGAAAGUCGACCGAUGGAAUCAAGACGACCAACGGCACCUGUGCGGAGCUUUCAGAGACAAUCGCGUCGUCCCGUAUGAAGGCAUCAAAGUCAGCUCAAUGGCAGAAGACCAACAAAACACAAUCUUGGCCAUCGCAGAAGAGUUCCUGCUGUACCACCCUGACAAAGCCAGGCAACUUCGCAAGCAACAGAUACAAGAAUACUUUGACGAAACCUACUUCAGCUGGAUUGGAGGCUACGGCGAUGAGGACCCAUUUUACUAUCGAAUCCAAAGCCCGGUGAUUAUCUUCGAAUUCGACCACCACUCGGGAGUCUUUCUCUCGAACACCGAGCCGGCCAAGUUUCACACUCACACGAUCGUGCGGACACCAAAUGCCGGAGACUAUGGUCAAUCUUUGAGAGAGCCGCGUGAUUGUAUUCCGUGA